GACUUUUAGAUCCAAAUUUUUUAUAAGAAGCGAAGCUACCAUUUAACAUCAGCAGCGUUAUUCCUAAGAUUUUGAUUAUUAAGUUAAUUUAGCACAUAAAAUGGAUGACGGAGAUUACGACAAUGAUGAUGUUGGUGGAGAUGAAUUCGACGACGUCGAUGAGGAAGACAACAUUGAUGAAAUUAACCAAGAGGAAGAAGUAGAUAAUAUUGAAAUUAUUGCUCCGGGAGCUGCUGGUGGUGGUGUUCCAAAAUCUAAACGAAUCACCACAAAGUACAUGACCAAAUAUGAAAGAGCGCGUGUGUUGGGUACUAGAGCGUUGCAAAUAGCCAUGUGUGCUCCUAUUAUGGUUGAACUGGAAGGUGAAACGGACCCACUUCAAAUUGCUAUGAAAGAACUGAAACAAAAGAAAAUUCCCAUUAUCAUUAGGCGAUUCCUACCCGAUCAUUCUUAUGAGGAUUGGAGUAUAGAUGAGUUGAUCAUUGUAGAUCAUUAGAAGAUAAUUGAAUAUAAAAAUAAUUGGUUAGCUCUUAAGUGUAGAUUUAAUAAAACUUAAACUUUGUUGAAAGAACAAAACGAUA